UUUACAAACAUGCCUGCCAGACGUAACAUGUCACAUCUAAUAAGUUAUUUUGAAGGAAACUUUGGAGAAUUAACCAACACCAUCCAUUUUCUAAAGUCCGUAAAAUUCACGAUCGCCGCCAUCAAAAAAUUUGGAGCAUCCAUGUUGCCAGUGGUCUAUAUUUUGAAACGGGACGUUAUGAUAUUAUUUAACAGAUACAAAAAGAAUCCCAGUAGGUAUCGAUGUCUGGAGCAGAUGAUUAUGGAAGAAAAAUUCAACAAUGGUGUAAACGGAAAGACUAAUUCGUCACGAGCACUUCUGUCGAUUCUUAGACACCUGAACUUCAUCAUACUUUUAGUAAGAUUUUUGGUCGACCAGAAUUUGGCACCUAAUGCAGAGAAAGACUUGAAAGCGGUUAUUAAUGAUGCCCAAAUAAAUUCACUGGCGUAUCACCAGGAAUGGUUCGGCAGGAAAAUAAUGAACGUUUUGGUCAAGAAUUCUCCGAUUACCAUCAAACUUCUGUGUAUUUUGUGGAAAAAACAUUUUGUUAACAAGAAUUAUUUCCACUGUAUACAUACGUUCUUUCGGAACAUGUUAUUGUGUGUUAAAAAGCUUGAAAUCUUUUACCAUAAGAAUGGCAUUGAAGACCAUUUGUGGUAAAUUGGUUUUACUAAUAAAUAUUACAUUGUAUACCAAACAU